UGGACGUGUACAUGCGUGUAGUAAAAAAUGUUCGUCUCCCGGCUUGGUUUCAGUUACCGAACGUCAUUGUAGCUAGCGUUAUUUAUUAAAACAUCGGGAGCAGAAAUGGCAGGAGAAAUGUCUAUAAUCGGUUCUGUGAUCCUGGCGUUAUUCCUAGCUGGAUAUCUAGGCCAGCAGUAUCUUCCUCCUCCUAAACCCAGAGUCAUCGGGCUCGAUCUCGGGACGACGUUUUGCUCUGUAGGAGUCUUCCAGCCAGGGACGGGAGACGUGGAGGUGAUUGGAGACGAGAAGGGUAGAAAAAGCAUCCCUAGCGUGGUGUCCUUCACAGAGACGGGAGUAUACGCCGGACACGAAGGCCAGGAGCUGGCUGAUGUCAACCCACAGAAUACGGUUUACGAUGCCAAGCGAUUUAUUGGGAAGAUUUUUGAUCAGAAGAUGUUGGAGCAGGAGAGCUCUCGCUACCCCUUCAAGGUCGUGCUGAAUAACGGCAGUGCCGAGUUCCUGCUCCACACCAACAGCACCUUCACCGUGACGCCCGAGUUCAUCGGCUCUCGGCUACUGUUAAAGAUGAAGAAAAUGGCCGAGCAGCACCUCGGGGUUCCUAUCGACAAAGCGGUGAUAUCAGUGCCCGCAGAGUUCGACGAGAGACAGAGGAACUACACCAUCAGAGCUGCCGAAUUAGCAGGACUGGACAUCUUGAGGGUCAUUAAUGAACCCACGGCAGCGGCGAUGGCAUACGGGCUUCAUAAAGUGGACGUGUUUAACGUGCUGGUGGUGGAUCUAGGAGGAGGAACACUGGAUGUGUCUCUGCUCAAUAAGCAGGGUGGGAUGUUCCUCACCAGGGCCAUGGCAGGAAAUAAUAAGUUAGGAGGCCAGGACUUCAGCCAGCGGCUCUUCCAGCACGUCAGCGAGCGAGUGCUUCAGCAGUACGGAGUCGCCCUGACGUUAAAGGAGGACAUCCAGCGUCUCCGUCAGGCCGUAGAAGAAGCCAAACUCAGCCUGACCGUGAACUCCACCGUCUCCCUUAAAGUCCCCCUCCAUCUCCGGACCUCAGGAGCGCAGGAGGAGCGCGUCACCUUCCAGCAGGAGCUCAGCCGCCAGCUCUUCGAGGAACUCAACGCAGAUCUCUUCCAGAAGAUCCUGGCCCCCAUCGAGACGGUCCUGGCGGAAGGACGUCUGGAGAAAGACGAGGUGGACGAGGUGGUUCUGGUGGGCGGGUCCACGAGGAUCCCUCGUGUCCGUCAGAUCAUCAGCGAGUACUUUGGGAAGGAAGUGAACACGCGCGUGGACCCGGACCUGGCCGUAGUGACGGGCGUGGCUCUGCAGGCGGGCAUCAUGGGAGGAUCAUGGCCUCUGCAGGUCAGCGCCAUCGAGAUUCCCAACAGACACCUGCGCAAGACCAACUUCAGCUGAGAAGCAGCAGGUGGAACAUCAGGUGGAGGAACUCAAGAUGCAGCCACGAGUCAUGAAUAAUUUCCCUUUCGUGUGGAAAGUCUUUAUUUGGACGUUUAGUGUUUCGUACGUUUUGCCCAACGUUUUUUUUUUUAACUCCUGAUUUACUCUUGAACUAAAACGUAACAAACUUCACGUAAGAGUUUCAUCUGCAGUCUUUCAGCCACACAGAUUUGUGUGGGUUUUUAGAGAGAACAGCUUAUAUUUUUAGAUAAAGCAGUGUGGGUGGACCAUGUGAGAGCCUUCUUGCUGAAAGCUUCGGAGAAGGUGAUCUUCAUCUAAUAGGUUCCAGGACCAAGCUGUAAGGUUUCUACAGAAACUCUGAGCUCACUAGGAGACCAUGUACAUGUUGGUUGGGCAAUACAGAAAGUGUAAAAAAACUGGAAUUAAUGACAUUUAAUUGCUUAUUUUAGUUAAUUGGAGUAGAAAAAGUACACACCAGUUUUGUUCUUUUGAUUCGAACGCUGCAGUCACACAGAUCCAUCAGGAGAGCACUUCCUGCUGUACGUUUCAGUAACAGUGAUGAGAUGAUGGACCGCACGCAGAUGUCCAGCUCUACUGUCUACUAAAGUCUAAAGUUCAGUCGAAACCUUGAUGGAUGUUCAAAAGACGGCCAGACAGGUGCCAAAACUAAUUCACAUGUGAAGGAAGGAAGGAAGAUGGAGGAGAAAGUACACAGUCAGAGCAGACCAGUCAUUCAUCAGCUAUUUAUUUUUUUAUUUAUAGCCUCGCAAUACAGUUAAUGACUACUUUCAUUUAAGCCACUGGGUUUACAGACUUUCUUUCUUUCCUUUUUUUUUUUUUUUAUUUGGUUAAUUUUUUUAAUUUAUUUAUUUUUUUUUAUUUUAUUUUGUCUUCUUUUUUUUUUUAAAAGAAAAUUGCUGCUCUUAUUUGUGCAUCAUGAGCUGGUCAUGGUUCAUCUUACCUUUUUAAUGAGUAUUUUUUUUUUUUUAUCUUUUUUAAUUUUUAUUAUUUAAUUUAAUUUUUUAUUUUUUAAGGCAUUGGGGAAACUGAAGCUGAUCUGUUUUGCUAACCAAAAAAAAAAAAUUGUGAAAAGUGAUAUUUCUGAAAGACCUUCUAAUCUAACAGUGUGUGUGUUCAUGCUCUCAGACUCGACUAACACACACACACACGCACUUAAUUCAGUCAGGUGUGUAAGGAACAAUUCUACACUGUGUCACAUUCGGUACUGUCCUUUACAUAUUUAAUAUAUAUUUUUGUCAUUUUUUUUGUAGCAUGUCUUACAUGUCAAGCUUGGAAGGAAAAUGUUGCACUUUAAAAUACAGAAGCAAGUGCUUCAAAAAAUAUCAUGUCGCUUCUGUUAAAGUCUGGAAUAAAAAAACGUAACUCUGUGUUAAUACAUAUUUUUAUACGAAACUGGAAUAGGAAACGGUUAUUUUUUGGGGGCCAAAUUUAGUAAUAAAUCUUGUUUUAUUUUAGGAAUUUGUGAAUAAAACAAGCCAAUUAUUAUUAGUAGUAGUAGUUUAUUUUAUUUAUUAUUAUUAUUUUUUAACAUACUGCGACUUUGAUGCUUUAAAGUUAUGUCUUAAAGUCUAGACACAUGGUAAAGAAAAAUAAUAUAAAAGUGAUAUAUUUUUACACACUGAUAAUUUCAUAUGCUUUAGGUGAAGAUUUAUCACGCGUGAUCCUAAUAUACUGUAUCAUAUGAUUUUUUUUAAUGUAUUUAUUUAUUUUUAUUGGCUUCUUUUAUUCUGCAAUUCUGAAAAAAAUAAGUUUAUCUUUAACUAAUUUUUAAAUAAUUUAGCUCUGAGUGACCGACCAAAAAAAAAAAAAAAAAAAAGAGACAAUUUUUUUUUUUUAUUUAAAAAUAGAUGAGUAAAAUAUAAUGCACUUAAAAAUAAGUUUAGGUUAUAAAUGUGGCGAAAAAAUAAUUUAGACGCGUUUUCUACACAGAAAAUAGCUUACAUAACUAUUCUGUUUAGCAAUUCUGAAUAUUUUAUUUACAGAAAUUAAACUAAAUAUUGGUACUGAUGCAUAAAACUGUUGGUCAAAAAAGAAAUCCACCGUCCACCCAAAC